AUGUCCUCUCUUCCAGGAUCUCUUCCUCUGGCUCCUCUCCGGCCCCUGCCUCCUCUCAGGGAGGGGUUUUUCCGAUCUCUAUGCCCAUUUUGUCUAUUUCUGUCUGCCAGGGUAUUCAGGCUGGUGUGUAUCCCUUACACAUACGCCGCACAUUCCCCGUCUCUUUCUCGUUAUCUCAAGACUCUCCAUGCUGGAUCUAGUUUUAUCCUUGUCCCAGGUCUCAGUUGUCAGGGGUGUUUCUCCUUCUCUUCCCUCUCUUCUUGUCCCUUCUCUCCUAUCUGGCAUCUUGUUUUCCCGAGACGCCCAAGAAACUGUGAUUUCUGUGACUUGGUGCUUUUUCUGUACGGUGAGUACAGGGAGCAGCUGGGAAACUUUGCCCAGCGGGAGGCUGCUCGUUUGCUGACAGAGAGACAAUGGAGGAGACAGGCAGGGGAAAACACCACAGCCACCGCCCGCAGAGGGCAUGGCCGGCGGCAUCAUCAACAUCACCACCCUGUGACCUUGGAGUCGCAUCACAGUCACGCCUCUUCCACCAAAAAGCCUCGUCCCUACUCCAAAUGCCAAGAUUGUUUGGCUCGUGUGCGGCGGUACAUAGUGACCAAGAUGGGGGAGGACUGGAUAUUCCUGGUUCUUCUGGGACUGACAAUGGCUCUGGUCAGCUGGAGUAUGGACUACGCCAGUGCCAAGAGCCUGCAAGUUUAUAAGUGGAUACAUGGUGAGCUUAAGGGCAAUGUGCCACUCCAGUACCUUGCCUGGGUUACCUAUCCCAUGAUCCUUGUCAUGUUCGCCUCACUCUUCUGUCACCUGGUUUCUCCACAGGCCAUCGGUUCUGGUAUUCCCGAGCUGAAAACCAUCCUGAGAGGUGUAGUGCUGAAGGAGUAUCUGACACUCAAAGCCUUCAUAGCAAAAGUCGUCGGACUGACUGCUGGCCUGGGCAGUGGGAUGCCAGUGGGCAAAGAAGGUCCAUUUGUUCACAUAGCCAGUAUAUGUGCCGCAGUGCUGAGUCGAUUCAUGUCCAUCUUCUCCGGAGUCUAUGAGAACCCUUAUGGUUACACAGAUAUUCUGACUGUUGGCUGUGCCGUGGGAGUGGGAUGCUGUUUCGGCACUCCACUAGGAGGGGUGUUGUUCAGUAUUGAGGUCACGUCUACCUACUUUGCAGUGAGGAAUUACUGGCGGGGAUAUUUUGCUGCCACUUUCAGCGCCUUCAUAUUCAGGGUGCUCUCCGUUUGGAACAAGGAUGCUGUCACAAUUACAGCUCUCUUCAAAACUAACUUUCGGAUGGAUUUCCCCUUUGACCUCCAGGAGCUACCUGCAUUUGCAGUAAUAGGGAUCUCGUGUGGCUUCCUGGGGGCGUUCUUCGUCUACCUGAACAGACAGGUGGUUCUCUUCAUGAGAAGACCGACAGCGCUCACACGCUUCCUAACCAAACAUCGAUUGAUCUAUCCAGGUGCAGUGACACUGAUUAUCUCCACCUUCACGUUUCCUCCUGGGUUCGGACAGUUUAUGGCCGGAGAGCUGAUGCCCCGGGAGUGCAUCAACUCCCUGUUUGAUAAUUUCACCUGGACCAAAAUCCAAGGAUCUCCUGCUCCGCCCGGGCUUGGUCGCUCGUCUGCAUGGCUCCAUCCACAUGUCAGCGUCUUCGUCAUCCUCCUCCUCUUCUGUGUCAUGAAGUUCUGGAUGUCAGCAGUUUCCACCACAAUGCCCAUCCCCUCGGGCGCCUUUAUGCCAGUGUUCAUAUUAGGAGCUGCUUUCGGUCGCCUCAUAGGGGAGAUCAUGGCUACUCUUUUCCCAAAUGGAAUCCUGUUUGAUGGGAUAGUGUACCGUAUCCUGCCGGGAGGUUACGCUGUCAUUGGUGCGGCGGCGAUGACGGGAGCCGUCACACAUACGGUUUCCACUGCAGUAAUCUGCUUCGAGCUGACUGGUCAAAUCUCCCACAUCCUGCCCAUGAUGGUGGCGGUCAUCCUAGCAAACAUGGUGGCCCAGGGUCUGCAACCUUCUCUCUACGACUCCAUCAUCCAGGUGAAGAAGCUACCCUACUUGCCUGAGUUGGCCCUCGGGCACAUAAGCAAAUACAACAUCUUUGUGGAGGACAUCAUGGUCCGCAAAGUGAAGUUCCUGUCUUCUCAAUCCUCCUUUCGGGAAUUGAGCCAUCUGCUAGAGACCACAACUCUGAAAACCAUCCCCCUGGUCGACUCUAAGGAAUCCAUGAUCCUUCUGGGCUCCAUUGAGAGGACAGAGCUUCAGGCCAUCUUUGACUGGUGGCUCUCAACAGAGAGGCGAGUCUUUGAAAGAGGUCAGAGCUCACCAGGCCAGGGCUCCAAAGUCAGCUGGGAGUCCUUCACCUUCGUAGACGAAGAGGGCGUAGUGGAGAGUGCAGACAAGACUGCUCCAAUGCAAGUGGAAGAAUGUAACGGACCCAUGCCAUCUCCAAAACUUCAGGAGCCCUCCACCAACCACACAGGCUCAGACAAGCGCAGGCUGCCGUCUGUCAGGAGGACCCUUCAGAGACUCUUCUCCUCCACGCCCUCGUCAGGCCAGACUGAAACGCAGGAGACCACAACCCCUCCACUGACUGACACCAUGUCCCCAGAGGAGAUCAAAGCCUGGGAAGAGGAAGAGCUUGACAAACCGGUGGAUAUGGAGCAGAUACGUAUAGACCCCUCCCCGUUUCAGCUGGUGGAAAGAACGUCUCUGCACAAGACCCACACUCUGUUCUCUCUGCUGGGUCUCAGUCACGCCUAUGUCACCAGUAUUGGAAAGCUGGUGGGUGUCGUGGCACUGAAAGAGUUACAGAAAGCUAUAGAGGGCUCAACUCGCAGCGGGGUGAGGCUUCGUCCCCCUCUGGCAAGCUUCAGAGACGCCAGCAGGAAAACCAAGAAGCACCAGCCUCCCUCAUCCACUCCUUCCUCCCCCACUCGGGACAGAGACUUGUGGGGGGAGGGGAGCAGGAGGGAGGGGGAGCAAGUGAGAAAGGAGUCCAAGGAGGAUUCCCAAGGGAAGGCGUUGUCUUCCAGAGGAGCUCCCGUGUGUGACACUGCUUCCUCCACCCCCAGCAGCGCGGGGUGCACCAACGUCAGCCCUGCCACCACAAGAGGAACUGACAGUCCUUCCCAGGAGCCGGCGUCCCCCUCUACCUCCGCCCCUACCUCACCCUCACCUCCUGCCUCCCUUGUUUCACUCACCAGCCCUGUCCUCACACUAUCCUCCCUGCAGGAGGAGAGGGAGAGUGAGGAAUCAGACGAGCCCAUAUAGACCGGGUUUAAGAGGAAAGACUUCUUUUGAUUUCACUCCUCUUCCCCAGAGACAGAGCUGCUGUCUGGGUGCAGGAGUUGGGCUCACCUGCAGCCCCUACAGACAAUCGGCUCUCAGCGAGCAAGACAAGCUGCUGCACACAAAGCUCCUGAAACUUGUAGUACAGAUUUUUUUUCUACUCUUACAACAAUCUCACUUUUUCACUCAAAAUCUCAGGUCCCUUCCUGUGUCUUUUGAACUGUGGACGGACAAACAUGUUCAGUCCUACAAAUCACUGAUGUUCAAUGUCCAUCCAUAGCUUGGAAAUGUAUACUGUAGCCGUACGUCAUAUAUAUAUGUGUCU